GGAGAGGUCUGGGGAACGACCAUGGAAACACAACACAGGCUUUUCUGAACCCAUAGCGGAUGCUGGACUCCAGAACAUGGAAACCCCGUCAGUCUCUUGUAUCUGUGAACUGUGCGACUGCGGGCGUCACAAACAUCACAAGGACUGCAGGAAACAGCGGCGUGUUCAGCGCAGGGAAACACAGAGUGACUGCUACAUCUCGCACUACAAGGCCACCUUCAACGCUCCAUGGAAUGUCCCUCCUCGGAGCAGCAAGAGACCUCCCCACACUCCCCAGCUCUGCAGCCUACCCCCCAUGAACUUGGUCACUACACAACGGACUGAAUUCAUCCCUCGGCCACUUGGGGGAAGAGCCAAGCCCAUUAUUCCUAUGGAAAGCUACUACCAGAGCCCACGAGAGCAAUUAAUGGAAAAGACCCUCUAUAGCCUCCAUUAUCCUCCUAAGGAAGCGGAAAAGACGGCACCUACACGGCCUGCUGACACUCUUUGCCAACCACCGCCUUCCAAGUUUCAACACAGCACCACAAACAAGGAAGAAUACAAAGAAUGGAAGGCAGCGCGUCAGCCACAGUAUGGUGAACUGCCAGCCAUCGCAGGAUCACUCCUUUUCCCUGGUGACUCGUACGAGAUGAAAACUACAACUCAAGAUCAUUUUUCUGAGAAGAGAAUGGCAAAAGUUGCCCCAGUGAGAGCCGUGGAGUGUCACUUAAGCAUUGAAGGUGAACAUGACAUGACAACCACACAUCAGUCCACCUUCCACCCUCUGCCAUUGGAGAAAAAAGCAAGAAGAAGGAAAAUCAAAGAAGACGGACCGAAAACAGCUAUCCAACGACCACAGAUAGAGGCUGUGACCAAGUAUCAGAGUGACUUUCCGAUGCCCCGCCAUGCCACAGAACCGACCAGAGCAGCCCUCCCUCCUCCUGAUAACCUAACUGUGAAUUCCCACUUCAGUAACAACUUUCAGACAGUACAAAGGGAGACUUUUCCUGGCUGGGACCCCCUGUUGAACCCACGGCCUGAGCCUGUCCGCUUAAAAGAGGAAUUAACCUCCAUGGAGAGAGAGCGAAGGGGAAAAGUGGAUGGGAACACAGUGUCUAAGCUAGCUUUUCAACCUCCAGAACCGAUACAAAAGGAUCCAAUUCAAAGACCACGGUCUGUGCUUCGGGUACUCAAUGCAAAGUUUGAUGGAUCCACUCACAACAGCAGUGUCUUUAAGGACUGGGGUGUCCAACCACACAAACAACAUGGGGAUCCUAGAGAUGGCAUCUCACUAAGACCUUUGAUGAAGUUGGACAGUCAGACCACCUCUGGAACCACCUUUGUGCCAAAAAAAGGAGAAAUGGUGAAGAACUUCAAACCAGAAAAGGACAACAUAGAACUGUAUGGAGAGAGGGACUUCACCACUGUGCACAGAGAUACAUACAGGACGCCAGCACUACCUCAAUGUCGACUCCUUGCCCAUCUCCAGCAAAUGAAAGAAAAGAAAGUUGCAGUGGAUGAGGAGAUCAAGGGCUGAGAGGAGCACUUUACGGAUAUACAAGCUUACACCGCAUCCACAUGAACAUGGCUAACGACUUAUCUAAUCCAACUCCCUAUAGCUUUCAAUGCAAUAACUGAAUCUUGGAUUUUAAUAAAGUAAUUGAGAAUAUAAAUGCUGUUUAAUGAUUAUA